UUGCUCAUUCAUCAAUUAAAAUAGAAUAAACGCUCUCAAAAACUUCAUCCGAAUUUCAUUCCUUCUUUCUUCUUCCUUUGAGCCUUCCUUUCCUUGACCGACGACGUUAAGACGUGCAGCAAGCAGCUCUGUUUGUUUGCUAUCAAAAUCCACACACAAAGAACCGAGAUCCAUCUUUCCAUCCCUCUCUCUCUCUCUCUCUCUCUCUCUCUCUCUCUCAUGAUGUCUCCAUCUUCUUCUGAUUCUAUUAAACCUCGAGAUGUUUGCAUAGUGGGAGUCGCACGUACGCCCAUGGGAGGAUUCCUUGGUUCCCUCUCAUCUGUCUCAGCAACCCAACUUGGCUCUCUUGCUAUUCGAUGCGCUCUUAAGAGAGCAAAUUUGGAUCCAUCCCUUGUACAAGAGGUCUUCUUUGGGAAUGUUCUAAGCGCCAAUUUAGGCCAAGCUCCUGCAAGACAGGCUGCUUUGGGUGCAGGCAUACCCAACUCCGUCAUUUGCACUACUAUCAACAAAGUCUGUUCUUCUGGCUUGAAAGCCACAAUGCUAGCUGCACAAACCAUCCAGCUGGGUCUCAACCAUAUCGUUGUGGCUGGUGGCAUGGAAAGCAUGUCCAAUGCACCUAAGUAUCUACCUGCUGCCAGACAGGGAUCUCGAUUAGGACAUGAUACUAUUGUCGACGGCAUGCUUAAAGAUGGUCUUUGGGAUGUCUAUAAUAACUUUGGAAUGGGAGUUUGUGCUGAAAUGUGUGCUGAUCAACAUUCCAUUUCAAGGGAAGAGCAGGAUUCUUAUGCUAUUCGAAGUUUUGAGCGUGGAAUUUCUGUGCAAGAUGCUCGUCUCUUUGCAUGGGAAAUUGUUCCGGUUGAACUUCCUGGGGGACGAGGAAAGCCUUCUUCAACUGUUGACAAGGAUGACGGUUUAAAAACAUUUGAUGCGGCAAAAUUAAGGAAGCUUCGACCAAGUUUUAAGAAGAAUGGGGGUACUGUUACUGCUGGGAAUGCUUCUCUGAUAAGUGAUGGUGCAGCUGCAUUAGUGCUAGUGAGCGGGGAGAAGGCACUUCAACUUGGGUUACAAGUAAUUGCUAAGAUUAAGGGAUUUUCUGAUGCAGCUCAGGCACCUGAGUUAUUUACAACUGCUCCAGCCCUUGCAAUACCAAAGGCUGUUUCAAAUGCUGGUUUGGAAGCUUCUCAAAUUGAUUACUAUGAAAUAAAUGAAGCAUUUUCUGUGGUCGCUCUUGCCAACCAAAAGCUGCUUGGCCUUAAUCCUGAGAAAGUUAAUGUCCAUGGUGGAGCUGUAUCUUUGGGACACCCGUUAGGAUGCAGUGGAGCUCGUAUCUUGGUCACUUUAUUAGGGGUACUGAGACAUAAAAAGGGGAGAUAUGGGGUUGGUGCCAUAUGUAAUGGAGGAGGGGGAGCAUCUGCCCUUGUUCUCGAGCUCAUGCCAAUUACAAGGGUGGCGCGUUCUUCGUUGUGAUAAUAUAGUGUCACAUCAUCAUAAUGUUGUAGAAUUUGGCAUCUAUUGUUUGAACUUUCUUCCUCAAUAAGGAGGUCUGUAUCAGAUGUUAUUUAGAAAAUAUAUGCUCUGUUUUGUUUUUUAUUUUUGGUUCGGGUUGUCACGCUUUCGGUGUUAUUUGAUGUCCCCUGACCACCCCCCAUCACCCAAUGUUGCUGUAAUACGGACUCAUCUAGUAUGGAGUGUGCCAAAUGGACAAUUGUUUUGGGGUGCGGAGAACAAUUCAUAUGCACUACUGUACUCUCCAUUUGUACAAGAAAGUUGAGUUGUUGACUUGCUGGAAAUCAGAUGACAAUGCCUGGGAUGGGAAGUAAA